AUUUUACGCUAACCACACAAUAGCUUGACAGUGGUGUGACCACUGAGCAGUCGAAGGAAAAAAGGUUUUCAUCGUCGAGAAGAUUUAGGUUAACAGUUAUAUAAUUUUGUUUUGGUUUUGAGGUCCCACAGGCUUGUUCCUAUCUCUGUUGUUGAUUCCCGGCAGUUGUAUAAUCGGAAUGGGCGAACCGAGCGGCAGAUAUCAGCAGCUGACCAAUGAGGAGGACCCACAAGAGAGUCCAUUGGUAGCAGCUGAAUCUCCACCCCCCUACAGCAGCAUCACAGGGGACAAUGCCGCCUUCUUUGACUACAAGGAAGACGGGGCUUUCCCCAAUCCUCCAUCAUACAACGUAGCAACCACGCUGCCUUCCUAUGAUGAGGCAGAAAGAACCAAGACUGAGACUGCGGUUCCCCUGGCAACCGGAAGACCGCAGCCUCAGCCUCAGCACAGGGAACGCCCGGAGACUUUUGACGAUGUAAUUCGCAGUUCACUGGAGGAUGAAGACUUUGUGACCAGAGACGACUUUGAGGACGCUGAUCAGCUGAGGAUAGGAAAUGACGGCAUCUUCAUGCUGACAUUCUUCAUGGCAUUCCUGUUCAACUGGAUCGGUUUCUUCAUGUCUUUCUGUCUGACCACCUCAGCAGCUGGCCGCUAUGGGGCCAUCUCAGGCUUUGGCCUCUCCCUAAUCAAAUGGAUCCUCAUUGUCAGGUUCUCCACAUACUUCCCUGGUUACUUUGAUGGACAGUACUGGCUAUGGUGGGUCUUCCUGGUGUUGGGCUUCUUGCUCUUCCUUCGAGGAUUCAUCAACUAUGCCAGAAUUCGCAAAAUGGCCGACACUCUCUCCAACCUGCCCCGCACCAGAGUCCUCUUCAUCUACUGAGCUCACAAUCAGUUUUUCGUCGUCAUUCUUUUCCUCCUUUUCAAUGAAACAUGCUGUCUGGUUUUAUCCAAUCACAACGGGAGAAAAGAAGGCGUUUCCCCCUCUGCUUGACAUGAUUUGGACAAUACAUCUGUUUUCCCCUUUUGGUGUAAAAAGGUGAUAUGCUGUAAAACUAUUCAGUUGUUAGUGGUGUACUGUCAAGUGCUAUUUGCAGUUAUGAAGUGUGUGAUGUAUAAAUGAAUGCCUUAUUUUCUGUUUGUCUGCCUCUUGGUAGCGGCGGCAUGAGCUGUUCUCCUGCCAGCCACCAGGGGGCAGUCUGGUUUGUGUUUACUUUCACCGUCUUCUAUCAAAUGAUGUCACGGUUCUCAGCCCUGGACUCUGGGUACUUUGGGGAUCAUGUGUUGAUUUACUCAGUGUGAAAUAAUAUAUUUCAUGUCCCAUUUUCGUGUGCUUUUAACCUUUUGUCACUAAUGCAACAUUCCUGCGGGAAAUAGUGUAUAAUUCAGUUAAAUUGAGAAUGAAAAUGGAAAAUGAUCAGUUUUUUUGGUGGUACCCACCAAAAAAACUGAUCAUUUUCCAUUGACGCACUGAAACGGGCGAGGAUGUUUAGAAGUUCAGGGACAUGGUCUUCUUUUCCUUAUAUAAUUAGGAAUAGUUUGCUCACACAAACUGUAAUCAGGCGUGUUAGUUCCAUCACAAAGAUAAAGCAGAGCUUCUUUAAAAGGCAGAGCAUCACUGCAAUGCUCAAGGACACAGUGUCAUGCAAUAAGAUGAUAGUCUGUCACUCCAUUCCAUGUGCAAUCAGACGCCACAUCUGGCACCCAAUGGUGGAAACGUUUCCCUAUUGCCAGAAGUGAUUUUGAAACCCUUUCCUGUGAAGACAGCGAAUUACAGAGCGAAUUCUUGCUGCCCGAGCAAUGAAAUAUUGACAGUGUCAAUUGUCAUUUUCUGUUUAUCCUCAUUGUAGUGGAAUGACAUGGUUACUUUUUCAAAGAAUUUCAUUACUUGUCUUUGAAAAUGUUUGGAAAUAAACUGAAAAAGUCCA